AUGUUUGUUGACGUAACUCGGCUAGAUAUCGUCCACAUGGUUGCCGGUCUAACUAAGAACGCAAUUUUUCGUCUGACAAAGGACAAUUUGCAGUUCAUCAUUAAGGAACGUGUCGUAUUCGGUGGAGUCUCCGCGUGGUGUGAAGUGGAUCAUGUAGCUCUGUUUCCCGAACGCACAUGUGAGGGUGUUUCCGCACAACAGGAUGAAAUAUUCCUUGAAGUCGUACUCGAUCAGCUCACUCAUUGUCUCCGAUCAGGCAGUGCAUCUGCCAGUGCCUCGGGGACCAGUUUCGCCACUUCUGUCUCAGCUCCCGCCGGGGCUGGUGGUGUGGCGUCCACCAGCAUUGUGGGCUAUGCCACAUUCGGCCAAGGUCACGGAUCCGCUCCGUCUGUUCACGGACUAAAAAUCAAAUUGGUCAGACGCAGCACACCGUGUUUGGCGAUUGAAUUGGAACAAGCCUUUAGUUUCGGUCGACCAAAUAUAAGUGACACACCACGGUGCCAGGUGGAUGGUUUGUUUUACACACGUCAUUGCGAUCAGUUUUUUAUUCUUGUUAUCGUCCGAGAACGUGCUGUCCCGUUGGCCAAUGAAAUGCGCUAUUCAAUCAUUUAA